GGGGAAUAGGUAUAUUACGUCAAACGUCGUGCACUCAACCGCUGCGUAGCCUCCAACUACCAACUCAAACAUCCUGCGUAACCGAAGCUUUCCACGGUCACCAUGGCUCAGAUUUCAAAGCUCGUUGCCUGUAUAGCAUUGGUGUGUUCGGCCUCUGCGGCCUGCACUAACCCGGGAAAACGCAGGGCAUGGCACACCUUCAGCGACGAUGAGAAACUGGAGUACAUCAACGCUGAGCUGUGUCUUAUGGAGACGCCUGCGAGGCUUGACCUGCCGGGAGCUAAGACGAGGUUCGAUGAGCUGCAGGCCAUCCACCAGCUCCAGGCAUAUGCCACGCAUUUCGUAGGGGCGUUCCUCCCCUUCCACCGCAUGAUGAUGCACGCGCACGAGAGCGCCCUGCGGAACGAGUGCAACUACACGGGUUAUCAACCAUACUGGUACGAGCAACAAGACGCAGGCAAGUUCAGCAGCUCGGUGCUCCUGGACGAGACGCACGGCUUCGGCGGCGACGGCGUCGGGGAUGAGGGCUGCAUCGCCACGGGGCCCUUCGCCAACUACACCAACUCGCUCGGCCCGGGCUACGAGAAUACGGAGCACUGCAUCAACCGGGCCGUCAACGACCGCAUCAGCACGGGCUCGGCCCAGGCCAACGUCGACGCCUGCCUGGCCAUGACUACCUUCGACGCCGCGUGGCCGUGCAUCGAGGGCCGGCCCCACUCGGGCGGCCACGGCGGGGUUGGGGGGCAGAUGCUCAACGGCGUCUCGAGCCCCGGUGACCCGCUCUUCUACCUGCACCACACCUGGCUCGACAAGGUCUUCUGGGACUGGCAGGCGCUGGACCGGCCGACGCGAACGACGACCAUCAACGGGACCAACAUCGGCCCGGAUUUCAUACCAGGGUUCCCCGCGCGGCCGUCCCACAUCCCGUUGCCCACGGGCGCGGACGGUGAUCCCGGUACAACCACGACUCUCGGCCACGUCCUCAACAUGUACGGCAACAGCCCCAACAAGACGGUGGGCGAUGUGCUGGAUAUCCAGGGGAAUUACCUGUGCUAUGAGUAUGUCGAGCCGGAGGCGGAGUCUUAGACCGAAGAGGCCGGAUUCAGGGGGGUUCUUCAUGGAAUCGGUCCCAUGACGGACACCAAUGGGAAAGUAAUGCCCGCCCACCGACCGGAAGUCGAUAUUUGCCUUCUCACUAGUCAGCUUAUUUAGUGAUUGAAUGGUUGGCAUAGUAGCGAUCCGAAUGAAGGUGGAUACAUCCCAACAAUAUUCCACUGUAGAGUGUUAGGUAGGUACCGAGGUAGAUUGUUAUAGCCACCCACGAUUCCCGUC